AUGCCGUUGUCUCUUGACACCAACGGAAGAUCCAGUUUCGCCGAUUACGUAUCGAUCUGCAACCAGGAUUUUCCGGAGGAGGAUUCUGAUUCUGAUUCUUGCGUAUCUUCGCACUCUUCUCUUGGCAGUGAUUCGUCGGAAGAUUGUUCUGACAGGGAAGAUUCCGGUGAAGUUGAGAAGAAAAGCGGUUUGGAUAGUAUGAAUGAUUUGGAGCAAGAUUUACCGGUCAAGAAAGGCAUAUCCAACUUUUAUAUUGGCAAAUCAAAAUCAUUCACAAACUUAGCAGAAGCAGCAGGUGCAACAUGUGUUCAGGAGAUAGUAAAAGCAGAAGACCCUUAUGCUAAAAAACGAAAGGAUUCACUUGCAAGAAACAUAUUAAUCGGAAGGAGCCGCAGUUAUGCAAAUGUUGGUGGAAUAUCAAACUCAAAGCGAACUUCUAACUUAGGCCGACGAACAUCUUGUCUCAAUCUGAGCAGCAAUGCUGACAGUAGUGAUGAAGUGAAGAGUUCGACUUCUAGGUCAACAUCUCCUCCUUGUCCACUUCCUCCUCGUCAUCCACUAGCAAAUGCUUCACGUCUUCGUCCUAGUCCUCCCACACGGGAUCUCCCUUUGCGCUCAUAUUCAUGGUCUGAUCUCAACUCUGUUGCCGAGGGUCAUGAUUUGGCUGGUUUGGCUAUUUGUAGUGGAAACAAAGACAAUAAAGUACACUGA